AUGGGAACGGCAUCUCCGAGUUUUGCAGCCGUGGUCGUUGCUUUCUCCCGUCGGCAACGGAGCGCUUCAGGCCUGUGCUGCCUUCCUGUUUUUAACUUCAUUUUUAAAAAUUACUACACCUUAUGGAUUUGGAAUGCUUUGACCGAUAAUUAUGGUAACGUAAUGCCAGUUGACUGGAAAUCUUCCCACACCAGAGCUUUGCACUUGCCAACUCUGAACCUUUCAGAAAAAGGGGUAAAUGAUAACUUGAACCUUGAUCUGUCAGAUGAUGAAGAGCUGAGAGAACAGCUGGACAUGCAUUCCAUCAUUGUUUCCUGCAUUAAUGAUGAACCAUUGUUCACAGCAGAACAGAAAAAUGAGUUUAACUCUUUACCAUUUAAUAACAUCUGUAAAAAUCCUGACUCAUUUUUUUUUCUUUUUUCAGAAGUGAAGCCAACUUGCAUAUUUAACAGCAUGGAAUACUAUGAUGGAGACAUGUUUCGAAUGGAUGCUUGUCGCUUCUGUCGGUGUCAAGGUGGUGUCUCUAUUUGCUUCUCUGCCCAGUGUGGUGAGCUACACUGUGAUAGGUAUUAUGUGCCGGAGGGAGAGUGCUGCCCAGUAUGUGAAGACCCAGUUUACCCUGUAAAUAAUCCUGCUGGCUGUUACGCCAAUGGUCAGAUCCAAGCUCAUGGAGACCGCUGGAGAGAGGAUGACUGUACUUUCUGCCAGUGUAUCAAUGGAGAUCCUCACUGUGUUGCUACAGCCUGUGGGCAGAGCUGUUUGAAUCCUGUCAAAGUACCAGGAGAGUGCUGCCCAGUAUGUGAAGAACCAACUUACAUAACAAUAGGUCCACCCACCUGUGAGCUUUUGGUGAACUGCACUUUGACUGAGAAAGACUGUAUCUAUAGUUUCAAACUGGAUCAAAAUGGUUGCCGCAUUUGUCAGUGCAAAACCAGAGAAGAGCUGUGUACGGGCCUCAUAUCAGGCUGCUCCCUGGACUGUUCCUUUGGGUUCCAGACUGAUGCCCACAACUGUGAGAUCUGUCAGUGCCGUCCACGGCCCAAGAAAUGCAAACCUAUUGUAUGUGACAAGUACUGUCCCUUUGGAUACUUGAAGAACAAGCAUGGCUGUGAAAUCUGUCGAUGUAAGAAAUGCCCGGAAAUGCCUUGUGGUAAAAUCUGCCCAAUGGGCUUCCAACAGAACAGCCACGGUUGUGUUAUCUGCAAAUGCAGAGAGGCAACUGCUUCUCUUAUGCCUCCAGUUAAAACAGGCUCUUGCCUGUCAGUGGAUGGGCGCCGACAUGAAAAUGAGGAGAGUUGGCACGAUGGAUGCAGGGAAUGUUACUGUCACAAUGGACGGGAAAUGUGCGCCUUGAUCACCUGUCCUGUUCCUAAUUGUGGCAACCCCACCAUACAUCCAGGGCAGUGUUGCCCAUCAUGUCCAGAUGAAAUAAUUGUGCAGAAGCCAGAGCUCACUAGUCCAUCAAUCUGUCAUGCUCCUGGUGGGGAAUACUUUGUAGAAGGAGAAACAUGGAACAUUGAUUCUUGCACACAGUGUACAUGCCACAGUGGACGAGUCCUGUGUGAGACAGAAGUCUGUCCUCCUCUUCUUUGCCAAAACCCCACUCGCACACAGGACUCCUGCUGUCCUCAGUGCCCAGACGAGCCUCUUCAGCCUUCUUUGUCAAGCAAUGUGAGCAUGCCCAGUUACUGCAAAAAUGAUGAAGGAGAUAUUUUUCUGACAGCUGAGUCCUGGAAGCCCAAUGUCUGCACCAGCUGUAUCUGCAUGGAUGGUGUAAUUAGAUGCUAUUCUGAGUCUUGCCCACCAGUAUCCUGUGAGAGACCUGUUUUGAGAAAGGGACAGUGUUGUCCUUACUGUAUUGAAGAUACAGUACCAAAGAAAGUGGUCUGCCACUUCAGUGGAAAAACAUAUGCAGAUGAGGAGCGCUGGGACAUCGACAGCUGCACGCACUGUUACUGCCUGCAGGGCCAGACUCUCUGCUCCACUGUUAGCUGCCCUCCCCUGCCCUGUGCUGAACCCAUCAAUGUGGAGGGAAGCUGCUGUCCCAUGUGCCCAGAGAUGUAUGUACCUGAACCUACUAACAUCCCUAUUGAGAAGACAAAUCAUCGAGGAGAUGUUGAACUAGAAGUGCCAAACUGGUCAACACCAAGUGAAAAUGACAUCAUCCACAUUCACAGAGACAUGAAUCAUCUCCAGGGAGAGUACAGAAGUGGAAGUGGACCACAUCCCAGUGAAGAUGCAUCAGUUAGCUCUGUUGCCUUGGUGACAAUUCCAAUCACGAUAGCGCUGUUAGUAAUCGUCUUUCUGCUCAUCAAUCAGAAAAAGCAGUGGAUUCCAGUGUCCUGCUACAAAGCUCCAACAAAGCCAUCUUGCCUAAACAAUCAGCUGGUAUAUGUGGACUGCAAGAAAGGUACCAUGGUCCAGGUGGACAGUUCUCAGAGGAUGUUAAGAAUUGCAGACCCGGAUUCAAGAUACAGCGGAUUUUACAGCAUGCAGAAACAGAACAACCUACAGGCAGAUAAUUUCUAUCAAACAGUUUGAAGAAUUGCACCCUUACCAAGGAUUUAAGAACGAGAGAGAGAGAGAGAGAAAGAGACUAAGUCUGCUAUUAAAAUAAAGCUAGAAUCGUGCACUUGCUUAGUGGAUUGUAUUGGAUUUGUGACUACAUGUACAGCUCUAAGACCUUACUGGGAUGAGCUCUGACUCCUGCAAUGUGCCAGAAAAAGCAUUCCCACUUUUCCUUGAGAUAACUGACCAAGUGUUUUCUUAGAACCAAAGUUUUAAAACUUGUUAAGGUGUAUUUGCUUGUAACAUAGCUGUAGAGGUUUUUUCGGGAGGGGGAAUCAGGGGCUAGGGGUAGGCAAUGAGGUAAAAGGAAGUUUCAGAGAAGAAAAGCUGAUCAUGCUUGGCUGGAGAAGAAAAUGAAUAAAUACCACCAAGCAGCAGGACAGCGGCUUUUUUUGUUGUUCUGAAAUUGCAUCUGUUGCAGCAAAUCCUAACCCCAAGUGGAAAAAAAUAAAAAAUAAAAAGGUCUGAUGUUUUCUUUCCAGCUGUUGCUACAAUAAUAUACUCAUAGAACAGAAUUUGUCACAUCACAGGUGUGGUGUAGCUGCAAAUAUUUUUCUAUAUGUUGAGAAGCUGCAGUAGUUAAUGAAAUAGCAAGGAAAAGGUUAUAGCAGAAAAUAAAGGGUGGGUUUAUUAAGGAUGUACAAAAUUACACCUUGUGCUGCUUUUUGUUUUUUGUUUUAUUUUUGUUUUCUUCAAAGCUGAUUGGCUAGAUUAGCCAGACUUUGGCAGAGUUCGCAAAUGACUGAGGCCUAAGUAAUUCCUGAAAUGAGCACUGGAUCUUUUGACAGCAGUAUUGAAGGAAGGAAGGAAAAGUCAAGAACACCAUGCAGUUCCAGGGGCUUUUGUUUGUUUGUUUGUCUGUUGUGGUUUCAUUUUGUUAUUUGAUAUCAAUCUCUGGUUGUUCAUACAGGAGAAGGAAAAAUAUUUUUUUGUUGGACAAAGCUCUUGCUUAAAAGAGAGUAAAAAAAGAGACUGUUUUAA